CGUGCGUUUGUGUCGCGUGUGUGUGCGUGUGCGCGUGUCCACGACUGCUGCCCGCCUGCUACCGUUCCGCCGUGCGUGCGUGUGCGUGUGACGUUUUGUCAGUGUGUGUGCGCGACCGACUGUGUUCCUCGCGCCUGCCUAACCUACUUCGUCGAGUCACACAUUUUAAUUGAACAAAUUUAAAAAAUAUAAUAUUCAACUAGAUAGUGUUUAAUAUAUUUUAUUGAAUACCAUUGUUACAUUGUUUGCCAGUCGUCAUUGCUCUGGUUGCGGAAAACGGUAGAAACCCGGAGAAAACUGUUGACGCAAAGUCGCGCGUCAGUCCGUCCGCCGUGUGUGCGUUUUCCCAGUUUCCCCUAUUGUCGUUCUCUCGUCGUACUCCUCGCAUUCACCCGAAAUGACCACCAACGGUGAGGAGACCACUUCGGAUCGCAACGUAGAGAUAUGGAAGAUCAAGAAGCUCAUCAAGAGUCUAGAGAUGGCCCGAGGUAAUGGAACAAGUAUGAUAUCGUUAAUCAUACCUCCUAAGGAUCAGAUUUCAAGAGUGAGUAAAAUGUUAGCGGAUGAAUAUGGUACUGCAUCAAACAUCAAGUCACGUGUAAACAGAUUGUCAGUAUUGGGUGCUAUUACAUCAGUACAGCAAAGAUUAAAACUUUACACUAAAGUUCCACCUAAUGGAUUAGUAGUGUAUUGUGGAACCAUUGUGACUGAGGAAGGCAAAGAAAAGAAAGUCAAUAUUGAUUUUGAGCCAUUUAAACCUAUAAAUACUUCUUUGUACCUUUGUGAUAAUAAGUUUCAUACAGAAGCUCUAACAGCACUAUUAGCAGAUGACAAUAAAUUUGGUUUCAUUGUGAUGGAUGGUAAUGGUGCAUUGUUUGGUACUUUACAAGGAAACACCAGAGAGGUUCUUCAUAAAUUUACUGUGGACUUACCGAAAAAGCACGGUAGAGGAGGUCAAUCUGCUUUACGUUUUGCCCGUCUACGUAUGGAAAAACGACACAAUUACGUACGUAAAGUAGCAGAGGUAGCCACUCAAUUGUUUAUUACAAAUGACAAACCUAAUGCAGCUGGAUUAAUAUUGGCUGGUAGUGCAGACUUUAAAACAGAACUUAGUCAGUCUGAUAUGUUUGAUCCUCGGCUACAAGCAAAAAUUAUUAAAUUAGUUGAUGUAUCUUAUGGUGGUGAAAAUGGUUUUAAUCAAGCGAUUGAAUUAGCUGCCGAAUCAUUACAAAAUGUUAAAUUUAUCCAAGAAAAAAAAUUAAUAGGACGAUAUUUUGAUGAAAUCAGUCAAGAUACUGGAAAAUACUGUUUUGGUGUUGAGGAUACUUUAAAAGCUCUAGAACUUGGAUCUGUUGAAACAUUAAUAUGUUGGGAGAACCUAGACAUUCAGAGAUAUGUCUUAAAAAACCAUACAACAGCUGAAGAAAAAAUAUUACAUUUGACCCCAGAACAAGAAAAAGAUAAAUCACAUUUCACAGAAAAAGAUACCGGAGUUGAAUUGGAAUUAGUUGAGUGCCAGCCACUUUUGGAAUGGUUAGCAAACAAUUAUAAAAUUUUCGGAGCUACCUUAGAAAUCAUCACAGAUAAAUCCCAGGAAGGAUCACAAUUUGUAAGAGGAUUUGGUGGCAUAGGAGGCAUACUCCGCUACAAGGUUGAUUUUCAGUCCUUGCAAGCGGAUGAGCCAUUGGACGAUGUGAAUCUUGAUGAUUACUAACUAUAUUUACUAACCUAAGGAUUAUUACGUUAUAAAGUUGAUUUCCAAAGUAUGCAGUGUGAUGAUUUGGAUCCCAAUGAACUUUAUGACAUUGACGAUUAUUAGGAUGUUAAAUAUUUAAAAGGAUAACCUAUUGAAUACUUAGGGCAAAUUAAAAUAAUUACAGUUCAUUUUAGCUUAAGCAUGUUGAAAAAAAGAAGAAAUCUGUUGUUAUUUUAAACAUAAUUAUUUCCUUUACUUGAUGUUAUCUUUUUAUUCAAAAGUAAAAAAAAAAUAAUCAUAAUUCCAUUACAUUUAAAAAUAUAUAUUUAUAUUUUUUAAAAUUUCAAUAUUGUGUUUCCCUUUAUUAUUUUUAAGUACUCCAAUAAUAAAAUACAAAAAAGUAGAUUACAGUGAGUAAUACAGGGUGAAGCAUGAGUAUUAACGCAAGUUAUUAAAAUAUAAUUUUGUUUUGGAAUGCUUGGAUUAUGAAAUUAAUUAUAAAAUAUUUUUUUUUUAAAAGACUUGAUUUAGGCUCAAUGGACUUCAAGAAUCCCUAUUUUAAAUUAAUUUAUAUUCCUACAUAAAUUAAAUUCUCAAUGUUCUAUUCAUACGUUUAUUUACUUUUUUGUACUACUUUUCAGAAAUGGAUAUGUCUGAUUAUUUAACAAAACCCUUGUUACAUCCUUUUCAAAUCCUUCUAUAUGUAAAAUAAUUAUUAUAUACAUAGUUUUAAUAUUAUAUAAUUUUAAUAUUUUAUGUAGAUAGUUAUAUUUUUAACUUAUUGAUCUAAUGGUAUUAUUGUACAACUCAAAUCAACAACUAUUUUUUCUUUAAGCUUUACAUAAUUUUUUGGUAGGAAAUACUUUAAUCAGACAUCAGUAAUUGAUUCAACACUGCAAAGUCACAAUUGCAUAUUCAUUUUUAUUUAUUCAAUUUGCUCAACUGCUACAAAAUAUAAAUAUAAUUAGAUAAAAAUUAUUUUUAGUGUACAUUUUUCUAUGUCCACAAAUAUGUAUUUUUAAUGCUUCCUUUUCAUGAACAAGAAAAUUCUAAACUCUAAAGCUUUAUUGACCAUUCAUUGGUCGAGUUUAAUUUCUGUAUCUUUGGAAACCAUUAACAUAACAAAAUAUUCUUAAUAUCUAUACAUGCUCUUUGAGUGGAGUACAAAUAUUUAAGCGACCAUGUGAUAGUAUACAAUUUUUAAUUUGUACUACGUCUUAUAUUAAAGUAUAGUUUAUCUGCAGGAGUGGCCUUAGGAUUUUGUGACUUAUUUGAAAUGCUUUUGUGUGGGACACCUUAGAUAGGUAGUUUCUUUUUUUAAACUUUUAGCCUAAUUUAUAUUUGUAUUUUAUAUAUAUAUUUUUUUGAAUUGUAAAAAAAUAUCAUAAAUAGAAGCUUUUAAUAUCUAAUACGUACAAAGUUUUUUUUUUAAUAUGUUGUAAAUUGUAUUGCAACAAUUUUUAUAUAUUCAAAUUCUUAGUCAACUUAUUUUGUAAUCUAUCAUAAAUAAUAAUAUUUAGCUACAUAAAAAGAAAAAACAAGGUUCUCGAGUAGAAUAAAACCAAUCAUACAGAAGAACUAAAUCAAAUCACUACAUUUGUAUUCAUUUUAGUUAUGAAUUAUUAUAUUUGUAAAUGAGAAUAUAAAUAAUUAAAUAUUACUAAAAAAA